GUGUCAUAUUAGUGGGAACAUCAUGAUGUGCUCCCCUCUCUCUCCCUACAGGAACGUACCUGGAAGAGUCCCGUUGGGCUUGUUGCGAGCUGCGAACGAUGGAAGAUUCACGAAGGAGCUUGAUCCGCUGUUUGAGCCAAGCUGCACGGGCUUGUGUGGUAGAGUGAGAUAUUCUGUACGUCAUAUCAGCUCUGUUCUCCGUCUUUUACUCCAUCUCGGUGGGAUAUGGAGAGAGGGGGAGGGUGGCUCGGUCAAGGCGAGUUCACCGAGGCCCCACCGACACUCACCGAGACCGGCCGGAUCAGAACGUCCGUAUCACGGCACCGGCCACGCCCCGUGGCGAUCGGAUCUGCCCAUCUCCAAAACCUUGCCCACCCAAAACACUGGAUCCCGCAUCAGAUUUCAGUUUCUACUUGCCCACCGCCUCGCUGCGAUUCCUACCUUUUUUGUGUCUGAACCGGGUUAAUCUGACAUCAUCUCAGGGUCUUCCUCCCACCAUCUGCUUCACCCUUUUUCUCCACGGAAAAGUGGCGCUGUUAUCUCAUCCCUCGCUGCCAUGAUGUAAUCCUGCGUGUGACAUCAUGCGCACCUCACCUGCGGCUCUCGUCAUUUGGUGUUACUGGCCGACCGACAAUAACAUACUUAAAGCGGACAGUAACAGCCGGAAGAGGAGGAUUUUCUUGUAUCAAUCAACACAGCUUCAACAAGACAACCCAUAAGAUACCCAUCACACACGACCAGAAACCACCUUUUUCAUACCAUAUCCAGAAUCACAAAAGUCAACAACGACACAACCGCACAAGAUGUCUGUCAACCGUAACGUCGAGUCCGUCAACAACAAGCAGGGCGAGUUCCACCCCAGCGUCCCUCGCUCCGAGCCCCUCACCACCAAGGGCCACGCCCCGGGAACCAAGGUCGGCAACGACGCCUACCCCGAGUUCCACGCCCAGACCUAUCCCGCCGGCACCGCGCCCAGGGAAAACACAUUCCAGCCCAACGCCCAGGAUACGCCCGGCCAGGCCCUGAACCCGGAGGCGACGACCUACACCGCCGCGAACGACUUCCCCGGCGCCACGAGCGCCGACGUGCACACCGGCCUCGGCAAGCCCAUGCAGGGCCAGACGAGCGCCGAACUGCACGGCGCCAACCUCGGUCGCCGCAACCGGGAGAGCGCGGGGCUCGAGGGCGUCGGUGCCUCGGGCAAGGACAACUUCCGGGAACGCCGUCUGGAUGUUGGCGUCGAGCCGGACUCGCGCGGCAAGACGAAGAACGCCUCGGACGUUCCCGGUGCGGAAGAGCGGUUGCCUGCCUCGGCUGAGGAGGUUGCCAGCGAGCGCCGCUGAGGGAUUCUCCUACUUUUCACGAACUCAUGUAUUAUUACCCUUUGUAACGUCACGAGAGGAAUGGCUUUUAGCGUCGAGU